CUCUCUCUCUCUCUCAAACAACAAUGGUGGAUUCACAGGAAAAACCUCAUGCAAUCUUCAUACCCUACCCUCUCCAAGGCCACGUAAUCCCGUCCGUCCACCUGGCAAUCAAGCUCGCAUCACGAGGCUUCACAAUCACCUUCAUCAACACUCACUCCGUCCACCACAAGACAUCCAAAGCCCAGCACGGCGGCGACACCGACAUCUUCUCCACCGUCCGCCGCCAGUCGGGCCUCGACAUCCGCUACACCACCGUCAGCGACGGUCUUCCGGUGGAGUUCGACAGGUCGCUCAACCACGACCAGUUCAUGGCGGCGCUCUUGCACAUUUUUUCGGCCCACGUGGAGGAGGUGGUGGCCGAAAUCGUGAAGAAGGGGCCGCCGGUGAGUUUUUUGAUCGCCGACACGUUUUUUGUGUGGCCGUCGAAGGUGGCGAAGAAGUUUGGGUUGAAGUAUGUCUCGUUUUGGACUGAGCCUGCAUUGGUUUUUACCUUGUAUUAUCAUAUGGAUCUUCUUAGGAAGAAUGGCCACUUUGGUUGUCUUGAUGCACGUGAGGACCCAGUAGAUUACAUACCAGGCGUCCGAUCAAUCGAUCCAAAAGACAUGACGUCAUACCUCCAAGAAUCAGACACGUCAACAGUCUGCCACCAAAUCAAUUUCAACGCAUUCAACGAUGUUCGUGGAGCCGAUUUUGUUCUCUGCAACACGGUCCAAGAGCACGAACCGGACACAAUCUCGGCCCUCCAAUCCAAAAUGCCCUUCUACGCCAUCGGACCUAUUUUCCCAACCGGGUUCACCAAAAGCAUCGUCGCCACCAGCCUCUGGUCCGAGUCUGAUUGCACCCAAUGGCUCAACACCAAACCCCCCGGUUCAGUCCUCUACGUGUCCUUCGGUAGCUAUGCCCACGUGGCCAAAAAUGAUUUGCACGAGAUAGCCCAUGGGUUGUUACUUAGCAAAGUGAGUUUUAUUUGGGUGCUUCGCCCUGAUAUCGUGAGCUCUGACGAUACCGAUCCCUUACCCGUUGGAUUUAAAGAGGAUAUUGGUGAUCGUGCGAUGAUCAUACCUUGGUGCUGUCAGAUUCAAGCAUUGGCUCAUCCAUCAAUCGGAGGGUUCUUAACUCACAAUGGGUGGAACUCGACUUUAGAGAGUAUUUGGUGCCAAGUUCCUCUGUUGUGCUGCCCACUGUAUACUGAUCAGUUCACUAAUCGUAAGUUGGUUGUCGAUGAUCUGAAGGUUGGGAUUAAUCUAUGCGAUAAGAGACCGAUCACGAGGAUGGAGGUUUCGGAGAAGAUUAACCGUCUGAUAAGUGGAAAAUCUAAGGAUCCGUUGAAGAAGGCGAUUAAGGAUGUGAAAAAGACAUUUGAAAAUGCGUUGACCAAAGGUGGAUCAUCGGAAACAAAUUUUGAUCGAUUCAUCAAAGAUCUAAAGGCCAGUAUUGAAAAGAAAUGUGGGGCCAAUGUGGGGGAGAACAAAAAGUGUCCGUCUGAUGGUACUUGACUCGCAACAUUGGCUUUGAUGCAGAGAUGACGAGGUUUCUAUUUUGUAAAAAUGUAAGACUGCUAUUUGAAGCAUUCAUUGUAAACAUUUUUUUUUAAAUUUUUUAUUACAGAAUUUUGGGAAGUCCCUUAAUGAAGUUUGUUUAGGGGGAGACAAAGAGCCCAACAAUUUGUAAUCAUUCAAAAUAGAUUUUUCAAGAACAUAAA